ACUUCUUCAACUUACAUUCGCUUCAACAAAGCCUCAAAGGCAUAUUUAACAUUCUUCACUUCUUCCAUCCAUUUCAAACAAAUAACCACUCUCUAUCUUACUACCAAAUCUCCUACUACAUCAUCAAAAUGUACUUCUCCAACUUCCUCGUCACUCUGGCCUCGAUGGCCUCUAUGGCUUCCGCCAUCCCCGCCCCAGAUGCCCUCCUCGACACUACCUCCAACAUCUCCCCUAGCGACUUCACCAUCCGCUCCGAUUCCAACAACCUUGAGGCUCGCACCACCUUCUCCUGCCCCGGUGCCAUGUCCUACUGCCCCUGGACCAAGGCCUGCUCAUGCCCUCCCGGCCAGUCCUGGGACGGCAAGGCCAAGAAGUGCGCUGGCAAGAAGGCUUCCGGCUGCUGGCCUAAGCCCAGUGCCAGUGUCUACGCCGGCGCCGGCGUUGACGUCAAGCUCGGCACUUACUGUGCUGCUUCUCCCUACAAGAUCGUCAAGUACGAUACUAAGCACGCCUACUGCCAGGCCAGCCUCAAGAAUACUGUCUUCCUUGCUCCUCUUUCUAUUGGCGCCGAGGUUGCUCUCUAUGGCGGUGCCGCCAUCAACGUCAAGGGUCAGCUGAGCGCCAGCCUCAAGACCGUCUGUGGUGGUCUUGCUGGUCUCUACCUCGAGAGCAGCGCUGAUGCCGUCGCCCUCUUCAACACCAACAAGUACGGAUAUGCCGUUCGCCCCGGUAGCGUCACUGGCGGUCUCGUCUACGCUGUUGUUGACUUCGUUAAGAGCAUCACCUGCUUCCUCGGUCUCGGCAACUGCCAGGUCUAUGACUGUGUCUCUUACUGCUCCAAGGGCUGCAAGAACUAUGUCGAUGUCCGUGGCAGCAUCGGUGGCUAUGUCAACGGACUCGUUGGUUUCUGCAUUGUCAAGGACACCGUUCUCUUUGUCAACAAGGUCGGAGCUUGUGCUUCUGUCAAGAUCCAGGGCCUCAUCCGCAUCGUUGCUAGCAUCCACGUCAGCCUCAAGGGUAUCUUCGGAUGCAACUGCUAAGUGGUUAAAAAUGAUUAUGGACGAAUAGUUGGGUACUCACGGUCUAAUAUGUAAUGGAUGGAGGAUGACUUGGAACUGGAAUGUUUUUCUUUGAUGGGGAUUACCGGAUAAUCCCACUCGUCUGCCGAUGUCUUCUGUUUCUUAUCACAAAUCAAAUAAUUCAUAUGAUAA